UGAGUAAAUGACCCAAAAUUGAAAUUAACAAAACCAAUUUCUCAAAAAAAAAUUGAAAACCAAGCAAGGUGAAAAGGAGCUAAAGCAACUGAGCUUUAACCCUAAUCAUCGUCUCUCUCAGUUCGACGAAGAAGAAGAAAGGGGGAAAAUGGGGACAAUGGGAAGAGCAGUGUACAAAGUAGGGUUCUUCCGAGAACAAUUGUCACGGCAUCGAACUCUAAUGAAUGUAUUUGACAAGAAGCCUUUUGUGUACAAGGAAGCAUUUGUUGCACCAAGCGCAUCAAUCAUUGGAGAUGUUCAGGUUGGACAUCGUUCCUCAUUUUGGUAUGGGAGAGGUGAUAUGAACUACAUUAGUAUUGGGUCUGGGACCAUGGAAGCCACCAUCUCCACCACCACUACCCAACCCUCCCACCAAACCCUAACCCAUUUCCACCACCACCAACUCCGCCACUUCGCAAAGUGGGUCCCAUACAAACCCCUCCCAAAACCCAAACUCCACCAAAAACUCCGAGCAAUCAAAACCCUAAAAACUCACCUCCAAGAUUCAUACUUUGUCUCCCCUUUCCCUUGCCAUGGCUUCUCUGCCAACAAAUUUAAACCCCUUAAAACCCCUCUUUCUUCUGACCCUUCUGCUGCUAAGCUUGUUUUUGUCAAGAAUUCUCUUGUUUCAAAGGCUUUUUCUGGGACCCAAUUUGAGGCUUUGGGGAGUUGUAUGAAGGGGAUGAAUUCUCUGCUCUUUGUUAAGAAGGAAGAUGCUGUGGGUCCCAUUUUAGGGGGUGUGAAAUCUGCUGUUAAAGAAGGGAAAAUGGAGUUUAAUGAUUUUCCUGGGGCUGUUGUUGGUGGUCAGCUUUAUGGUCAUUUGGAUUUGGAGGUUUUUCAGAGUACCCCUUCUAAGAUGGAGGCUGAUGGGAUGGUUCUUGGGUCGCUUUUCGGACCGUCUUCGACUUUGAUGGCUGUCUUGGAGGGGUUUUGUGCUGAGGAUUCUGGUAAUGUGGAUGCGCCUGAGGUCCUAGCUGAGGCUUAGGAUGUGAGUGAGUGCCCUGCUCAAUGAUGUAGAGCGUCAAUUGAGGUGGUGAAGAAAAAGUUUUGGUGAAGACCGGUCUACAUUCAGCGGCACUGCAAAUCAGUGAUCCAAACCACUGGAUAGACAACCAACCUGUCUGCGAAAAGAGACACGUAGCUGAAGUUUUGUCAUUUUUUAGGUUUUGAUUAUCUUUUCUGAUAAAUGUGGGGUUGAUAUAAGAUUAGUUACCUAAACUAUGGAGAUUUAUGUAAAAAAAUUUCUCAAACUUAUACCAGAUGAAUUGAUGGCAAUUGAGGCCUCUCAUACUUUGUAUUGCAGUUAGCUUUGACGGUUCACGUUUUUUGGUUUUGCCGUAUGUUGUGUGGGCGUCUGUUGCUUAACCGAUCUUUGUCAGGAAUGAAAGUUUUAGUUUGGGACAUUA